GCGACGCGUCAUGUGUGUCCUGAGCCCGCCCCCUGUCGGUGGCACGUGACCGUGGCAGAGAGGAGGCCCAGGGCUGCCAGAGCAUAAGCAGGACGCCCUGGGGCUCUCCCCUCCUUGGCCAUGAGUGUGCAGGCAUUCAGAUUGGUGUGUGCAUCUGGGAAGGAUCACCUACCUGCUGGGAUACAGAUUGAGUGCUUGGAGUGCUCUGGACAUGAUCUGUACAUUGGCAGCAGUGAUGGCUGCAUUCACCAUCUUCUGCUGGUGGAAGAAAAUGGCACAGAGUCAGCUGGACUUCCUCUGGGUCAGCAGUCAGAUUAUCCUAACACUAGUUUUACUACCAGCCGACAAAACCAGAGACAGCUAGGUGUAAAGAAACCAAUAUGUGACUUAAGAGCCUCCUCCGCCCUUGGCCGGUUACUUGUGCUGUGUGAUAAUACGAUUUUCUUGCUGUGCAGUGACUCUCUGGAGCCAGUACCAGGGACUAAGAUCAGGGGUGUUCUCAGCUUUACCCUAAAUGAGAAUCCAGUAAGCGGAGACCCGUUCAGUGUAGAGGUUUGCUUGAUCUCCUCCAAGAAACGCACAGUGCAGAUCUUCAGCGUGGGACAGGAGCGGGUACAGAUAGUUCGAGAAGUGGCUACGCCUGAACAGCCAUGUUCUCUUGCUGCUGAUGGAUAUUAUCUGUGCCUGGCGCUCAGCAGUCGUUAUGUCAUCCUAAAUUAUAAUACAGGGCAUUGCCAGGAUCUCUUUCCUUAUCCCAGCGAGCAGAAAAGACCAAUUAUUAAGAGAAUCAGCAGAGAGGAGUUUCUGUUGGCAGGGCCUGGAGGAUUAGGGAUGUUUGCCACAGUAGCCGGGAUCUCCCAGCGUGCCCCAGUUCGAUGGUCUGAGAAUGUAAUUGGAGCUGCAGUGUCUUUCCCUUAUGUGCUGGCUUUAGAUGAAGAAUUCAUCACAGUGCACAGCAUGCUGGACCAACAGCAGAAACAAAGUCUGCCCUUUAAAGAAGGAGUUAUUCUGCAAGAUUUUGAAGGGCGUGUGAUUGUAGCAACUACAAAUGGUGUGUAUGUUUUAAUUCCCUUACCUUUGGAGAAACAGAUUCAGGAUCUACUAUCAAACCAGAGGGUAGAAGAAGCACUUGUUCUAACUAAAGGAGCACGGCGCAAUAUUCCAAAGGAGAAAUUUCAGGUUAUGCACAGAAGAAUCCUGCAACAGGCUGGAUUUAUACAGUUUGCUCAGCUUCAGUUUUUAGAAGCAAAAGAAUUAUUCAGAACUAGUCACUUGGAUAUCCGGGAGUUGAUUUCUCUCUAUCCCCUCCUGCUGCCAUCAUCCUCUGGAUUUAUCCGUGCACAUCCUCCUCUGCACGAAUAUGCCGAUCUUAACCAGCUCACCCGAGGAGACCAGGAGAAGGUUUCAAAGUGCAAACGUUUCCUCAUGUCUUAUUUAAGUGAAAUCCGCAGCACCGAGGUGGCUAAUGGCUAUCAGCAGGAUGUGGACACGGCCUUACUGAAACUUUAUGCAGAGGCAGAUCAUGAGAGCCUACUUGAUCUGCUGGUGUCGGACAAUUCUUGUGAAGUGGGAGAUAGUGCAGCAUGGCUGGAAAAACACAAAAAGUAUUUUGCACUUGGCCUACUGUAUCGCUAUAACAAGCAAGACGCUGCUGCUCUUCAGAUCUGGGUUAGAAUCGUGAACGGUGACCUGGAAGACAACACUCGGACAGACCUGUUUGAGUAUGUGGUAGAUUUUCUGACCUUCUCCAAAGACCAGCAGUUGGUGUGGCAGUAUGUGGAUUGGGUUUUGCAGAAAAGUGAGCAGGUUGGGGUCCAGAUCUUCACAAAACGUUCUUUAGACGAACAGUUGCAGAAUGGCUUCUGUCCAGAUACAAUUGUGAGCCACCUGUGCAAGUACCGGCGGGCUUUGCUCCUCUACUUGGAACAUUUAGUCAUGGAUAAGAUGAUCCAGAAGGAAAAGUAUCACACACACUUGGCUGUGCUAUACCUUGAAGAAAUCUUAAGACUAAACUCUAUGGACUCUUCAGACCACACUGAACUGGAGGAGCUGCGUCGGAGAUUUCAAAGCCUUUUGCGGCAGUCAGACCUUUAUCGGGUCCUCUUCCUCUUAGAUAAAAUCAAAGACACAGAUAUGCAUAUGGAGCGAGCAAUAUUACACGGGAAACUGGAAGAGCAUGAUCAAGCCCUGGAUAUCUUAGUUCAUCAUUUAAAAGACUUUUCUGCAGCUGAGAGUUAUUGUAUGUGGAACUCUGAGGGCAAGGAGGCUCCUUAUCGCAAGAAACUUUUUCAGCUCCUUCUUUCCUCCUACCUCAGUCCGUCCACACCUGCCAACACUUUGACAGUGGCUGCUGUAGACUUAUUGAAUAACCACCCUACAGAAUUUGAUGCUGCCACUGUUUUGCACGUGUUGCCACAAGAAUGGUCUGUGCAGCUUCUUUGCCCAUUCCUGGCAGGGGCCAUGAGGGAGCAUGUUCAUUCUUUAAGGAUGUCGCAGAUAGCAGUAGGAUUAGCAAGGACAGAGAACAUCAUCUAUAAAAGAGAGAAGGUGAGUGAAAAGUUGAGCAUGAAGGAAAAGCCAGUAAUUCUGUCAGAGAAGAAGCUAUGCCACAUGUGCCGGAAGCCAUUCCAAGAACCAGUAUUUGCCAGACAGCCCAACGGUCACAUUGUUCAUGCCCACUGUGCUACCAAUCAGCACGUCAACAGCAGCAUUGAUCAUGUGCCCAGUCAAAGCAAAAGAACUUGAUUAAAGUGAUGAAACAUAACGGUGACUACAGUAGCCUCCCCCUGGAGACCGCAAAGGAACAGGAAAGCUGGAGGCUUCAGUGCAAUGAAAUGUGAAGAAAAUGCACUUAUCGGCAAACCUGUAGAAUGAUGAUAGUAAUUUAAAUCUGCAGGACCUGGCAUAAAAAGGAUACUGGCUAUAUCUCUCUUCGCUCAGCUAUGUAAACCAUGGCGGAAUCAAAUGUCCAUCUGAAUUCUUGACUGGGCUAUUUGCAUCUUUUUUUUUUAAAGAUAUUUGCACUGAGGAUAUUUUGCAUAUACUUUAAUAGGCUGGAUAAAGGAACGUGAACUGUAGGAGACGAGAUGUGGUGAAUGUGUUUGUCUCCCUAGCUAAGAUGGCAGUCAUUGUGGAAGUUUAUGGUUUGGGUCUAUUCAAUCAUGGAUGUUUUAUGUAUUGCACAUUCUAUCAAUCUCAUGGUCAUAGUCAGCAUUCCAGUCACGUAGAUGAUCCUUUUCCAUGGACAGAGAACUGGCUGUACCACACUCUUCCAAAUGUAGCCCUGGGAAUGCAGUACAUCUUCAAAAGGCUUAUCAUCUCUGUCAUACCCUCUGAUUGGAGCUGAAAUCCACUAAGCAUUUUAAAGAUUAUUUCAGUAUACAGCGAUAACUUGAUUUAAUAUAUUGAUUGAUUAUAAAAGUCCUGUGUUUUUUACGCUUUUUUUUUUUUACUGUUUCCGUUUUCUGCUACAUGUAGAGGUUCGCAAUCAGGGGGAGCCACCAAUUCACUGCCUGCAAUACCCACACCCCUGUAUUUUUAACCUUGGCGUGUACAUAUUGUUAUAUGGUUAGCUAGGAACACCUUGCACAUAGCUGAAAAGUGGUUGGACCAGUGGAAUAAGGAUUUUUUUUUUCUUUUUAUAAAUAAGCGUGCCCAUUACUGUUCAUGUCCUGUAUCACAUGAAACAACAAUAAUGUUUAGGGAAAUCUUAAACAAGUGAUUUUUUUACAGCCACUUUAGUUCUUCAGAAUACAUGUACCAUGCAGCUGUAAAUCUCUUUGGCAGUGAAAUUCUACUAAUGGUCGAUGUUAUUCAGUUCUCUUAAUGGGGUAAAUGUUCAAAGGACGGUGCUAUUGUACAGUUUUGCAACUCUGGACGUUCUGCUGACACCACUGCCCCCUGUGUACUCCCAUGGCAAAUAGUGCAUGUUGAAUUUCUUGGCAGUUGCCACACAACUGGCUUGUGCUAGAAGAGGCAUUUCCAACUCAUUGGCCAUUUUACGAACCCCCUCCCCCCCCGCGAGAUCCAUACUAAAGAUUUAGUAUCUGCUGUAUCAGCUGUGCUACCAGUGCAUUCUUUUAACAUAUGAGCUGGUUGAAAACCUGGUCAGAUAUGAGUGACAUUGUCAGGACAGGGAGGAUUUUUCUACCUUCUUGUGAUCUUUGUCACCAUAGUUUUACAUUAAAGAAGUAAAAAUGAAAAUGGCAUGAGACAGAUAAGUUUGAAAGCAAGAAAAUAACUGAAAUAGUCAGAUCAUAAUGGUUAAAGAAAAAAAUAAAUCGGAUGUAAUGCAGCAACUUACUUUAUUCCUAAUAAACUCCGUCUUGCUCUGCCUCUGCAGCUUGGUCCCGU